CAUAAACCGGGGAAUAAACCGCCACGCGUGCGUGGGCUCGGGUCAACUUGACCACGUGUUCUUCGAGAAGCUACUCCCCCGGCCCGACACGUGCCUUUAUCCGGCUCCUCGCCUCCUUAUAAAUCUCCUCCUGCUCCUGAAUUCAAAGUUUCAAGCUUCGAGCUUUCUUCGGAUACGAUAGUAACAACAUCUUCGGAAAGGGCCGAAACCGAAAUCUGCAAAAGAAAAAAGAAAAGAAAAAAAAAUGUCGAGCGGAAAUUUGCAACUACCCCCCGGAUUCAGAUUCCACCCAACUGAUGAGGAGCUAGUGAUGCACUAUCUAUGUAGAAAAUGUGCAGGACUAUCGCUCGCCGUGCCGAUCAUCGCCGAAAUCGAUCUUUACAAAUUCGACCCGUGGCAGCUACCUGAAAUGGCUUUGUACGGAGAGAAAGAAUGGUACUUCUUCUCGCCGAGGGACCGGAAAUAUCCGAACGGAUCGAGACCGAACCGGGCGGCCGGGUCAGGUUAUUGGAAGGCGACGGGUGCCGAUAAACCGGUAGGAUCGCCUAAACCGGUGGCGAUAAAAAAAGCGCUGGUUUUUUAUGCGGGUAAAGCUCCGAAGGGAGAUAAGACCAACUGGAUUAUGCACGAGUAUAGGCUGGCUGAUGUGGACCGGUCCGCUCGAAGAAAGAACAGCCUUCGGUUGGACGAUUGGGUUCUUUGCCGCAUCUAUAAAAAGAAAGGCGGCGGCGAGAAACUAACCGGCCCAGAGAAGAAACCGGCCGGGUCGAGAGCGUCCGGCCCGCAGUCCAAACCUCCACUGAUGCACACGUGACACAGCCCCACCGCCGUAAACAACGACUUCUUUUAUUUUGACGCGUCAGACUCUCUGCCGAAGCUGCACGCGGACUCGAGCUGCUCCGAGCACGUGGUCUCGCCGGAGUUCACGUGCGAGAGGGAGGUGCAGAGCCAGCUCAGGUGGGAGGAGUUCGAAAGGGCCCUUGCAGCUCCUUUUAACAGCGUGAACGCCGCUGGGCCGCAGUUUUCGCAGCUGGACCCGAUGUACAGGGAUCCGAUGCAGGACGUUCUCAUGUACCUGCAGAAGCCGUUCUGAAGUGGGGAUGGCAGGUGAGUUGCACGUGAGAAUUACCGGAGAGCUGACGUGGGGGAGGGCGAGCUGUUGGAUGGAGGUCGUGGGGUUGAGGUUGGUUUGGGGAAUGUUAGCGACGGGACUGAGCGGCUGAGAUUUAUCGUUGGGCUUGGGCUUGAAAGCUUGGGCUUGGGCUUUAUAGAGAUUCCGUGACGUGCCUGAAUUUUGUUGUGGAUUGGUCAAAAGAUAUAGGAUGUAUAAAUGAAAAUGAGUUGGAUUUUUCAUAAAUGGUUGUUGCUUUGGUUA